AUGUCGUCGGACUCGUCAAAGCCAGACGGCCAGAGAGGCUGGGGCCUCAAGAACCGGUCCAAAAACAAGGUCACGAGCAAAGAAUCGGUCGUCGACACGGCGGAGCCGCAGCCAGCGGAUGCGGACGACCUGAGUGACGUCAAACCGGUCGAGGAGAUUGAGAGUGACGAUGAAGAAAACGACGAAAGGCAUGCACAGCACCAUCGACUGCACCAGGGCGAAGACGGCAGCAGGAGCGGCGGGAGGAGGAGCAGCAAGCAGCACGGACGCGACUUGCGCAAGGAGUUUGAGAAGCAGACGCCCAAGGUGGGCGCGAGCGUGAGCGCACACGACGCCUACAAUCAAGAACCGGCAUACGUUGCGCCCAUCCCCAAGAUCCCACCGAUUCCACCUGUUGCGAGCCCCAGCUCGUUAGAAGGCCGCGACGGCAAAGACAGAAAUGGCGUUCCCGCGUCAAACAGGCCAAAAAUACCGCGAUGGGUCACCGAGAGGCUCAUAGGCAAAAGGAUAGAUGAAUAUGGCGACAUUGUGGAUGAUGACGGCAAGGUCCUGGGCCGAGUGGCGGGCGAUCUACCAUCAAUGGUUGGUCGAACCGUCCUGAACCAGCGCGGCGACAUAUUAGGCGAUGAUGGGGAGCUGCUGGGCUAUGUAGCCGAGGUCACCCCUUCCAAGGGCAAGCAAAAUGAGGCUGCCGAUGACGGGGACGAUAUGGAGAAAUACACAGAUGAGGAGGAUGACGGCGCACCGCGAUCCCCACCAAAAAGCAUAGACCAGUACACGGGCAAGUCUAGCGCAAGUCUACAGGUCGACCAUAGAGGAAACAUUCUCGACUCGUAUGGUAAUAUCAUCGGGCACUUCCGAGAUAAUCUCAGGAACCCUAAAACAGAAGCAGAGAUCAAAGCAGAGGAAAGACAGCAGCAGCGGGCAUCCUCUAGAGAACAGGAACAGUCGGGUCCGUCGAACUCGAAGACCAAAGAGAAGCCAGCAGAUGACAGGCCACCAAACGCUGCAGCUUGGAGGAAGGAGAACGAGAGUCCCUCUGAUAUAUUUUUGGACGUGAAAUCAACGACAGAAGGCAUCCAGUUGACCAUUCGGAUCCCAACUGUGUUUCCGAACGGUGGAACCCCGCGGGUGAACUUUUCCUAG